CAGAAGUUCAGGAAACUUAUAUCGUUUAUUGUCAGUGCGCGUAAUUUCGCUGUUCAAGAUUAUUGGGUCGAAUUAUAUUUCUUAAAUAAGUAUCAACCUAAUAAUUAUAAGUGAAAGGUAAAAUUAUACUUUACUUUAAAAUCAAAUUGAAGUCAGCAUGCCAGCAGAUCCUUCUGAUGAAAUACCUGGUCCACAGGUCCCCAAAACAGAAUUGGAGGAGCUGCAGAUCAAGUCACAAGGCGUCGCUGAUGAGUCCUUGGAAAGCACCCGACGAAUGCUUGCUCUUUGUGAAGAGAGCGCGGAAGUUGGGAUGCGAAGCAUUGUUAUGUUGGACGAGCAAGGAGAGCAACUUGAUCGAAUUGAGGAAGGAAUGGAUCAAAUUAAUGCUGACAUGAGAGAGGCCGAAAAAAAUCUAAGUGGAAUGGAAAAAUGUUGCGGCAUUUGUGUACUACCCUGCAAUAAAAGUCAAUCAUUUAAAGAGGACGACGGUACAUGGAAAGGCAAUGAUGAUGGGAAAGUUGUGAACAAUCAACCACAACGGGUAAUGGACGAUAGAAGUGGAAUGAUGGCUCAAUCUGGGUAUAUUGGCAGAAUAACAAACGAUGCAAGAGAGGAUGAAAUGGAAGAAAAUGUGGGACAGGUUAAUACAAUGAUAGGUAAUCUUCGAAACAUGGCAUUGGAUAUGGGCUCAGAACUAGAAAAUCAAAACCGUCAAAUAGACCGAGUUAACCGCAAGGGCGAAUCAAAUGAAGCAAGAAUAGAGGUUGCCAAUCAAAGAGCCCACCAGCUUUUAAAAUAAGGCGAUCUCAAGAAGACAUAUAGUACACCCAAUAAUUAUUGUGAUGGUAUUCAGUGCUUUAAGAAAUCUGUUCAUUUCUUGUAAUUGGUUUGUGCUCCAAUAGCUGUAAAUAUAAACAAUUUAUGUUUGUUAUUAUAACACUAAGAUCUAGCCUCAAGCAAUUGAAAACAAAAAAUGUAUAAACACUAAAAUGCUCAAUACAACAACAAUUCACUUAUUUCAUGAAAAUAUGUUUAAUACAUAUGUUUAUUGAUAGAUAGAUUCGAUCACCAAUGAGCUUGCUUUGAAUCUAACUAUUUUAUAUCCAUAACCCAUUGAAAAUUGUUCAUAAGAAUACAAUGGCUUUUUAGAAAUGUGUGUAAAAGGCAGAAGGAAGCGUCGCCCAUUCCAUAAUAUCUGGACAAGGUGCUAAGUCGACCUAUCUAUUUCCGUCUUUGCGAAUGCGAAAUUCUAGAAAAGGACCGUAGUAUAAUUAAAAAUACAUAUAGCGUAUACCAAAAAAGUGUAUACACCAAACUUGAAAUGCAGGUUCUUGUAUAGUAUACACACAUUCAUUUUAUUUUAAAUCGGAAUACUAACACCAAUACUAUUCAAGAAUGCAUUUCCAUAGUGUGGAGCAAUGUGAACAAGAACAGCCGCAGAGUAGACUGCGCGCCAAGAAGAGUGCUACAUGUUCGUUUGUUUGUUUGCAUUGUAUAUAAAGGUAAAUAUGUAAGGUAGCUGGCGUUGGAUUCAGGGAUUCUUUAAGUCGGCCAGUUCCGAGAGGAGUUUUGCUGACUUUUUUCAAAUGAAUAUUUCUUUCAUGUGAUAUAAAGUUCUAGAUUUUAUAGUAUUUUAGAUAGAUGAGAAAAAAGGAAGAUGGCAAUGUAAGAAUGUGGAUUCAGAGAAGCACCCAUCUGCCUAUUACUUACAUUUAUGUAACUUCAUUUUAUUUUUUUUUUUGUAAUUAAUGUACAGUAUAUUAUAUUGAUUUGAUUGAUGUUAUACCAUCAGACAAUAUACUUAACUAUCUGACUGCGGAUUCUUGAAUUAUAUAUAUAUUAAGGUUUUAUCAAAAUGUAUUUUAAUUAUUUUUACAGUUUUCAAGGCACUUUAAUACACUCAAUUAUUUUGAAGCUCUCGCCAAUUUUUAUUUAAUUAUUUUUAUGUAACUACUUACAUAAGUAGAGGUUAUAAUGAAUUGUUUACAAUUAAUUCAACAUAAUAGGCCUGUAGUGCUAUUUACUGAAUAAUAUUGUGUAAGCUAAGUACUACAAAUUUAAACGAAUGUAAAAAUGUAACACAAAUGGGUCUUCACUAAGCAUCGCAGCGUUGGACACUAGAUAUGCAACAACACAGGAAAAAUCCUUGUAUCUAAAUUGAUAUUUGAUAAAUUUAGGUAUGUUUUAGUUCAUCUACAGAUGCCAAAAACAUGAAAAUUUGAAAGUAAAUAACAUGACGGAUUUUACACA